AAUAUUUUUGUAGAUACAUAAUACGUUUCGGUAGUGACGUUUUAUGAAUGUUUAUUUCGGAGUAAUCAACAUCCAUGUCCGCUGACAUAGGAAAUAUCCUGUCCACACUUGUUAAGAGCGCGCGAGGCGUGGACAUGAGACGUAGACAGCGAGGUACAUUUAGAAUGGAGCCACUACCGGAGAAGGGAAGUGUUGAGAAAAACAAAAUUGUCGGUACCAGUCAUGCGAAUGAAGAAGUUGUACCGUCUGCAGGUGUUCAUGGAGUUUUCCGACAGAAAUCGUUUGUUUCCUGUGAUCGGCAACUAACCGCAUUAUCGUCAUAUGCGCGAGCAGCACGGUUGUCGAUCGGAACGGCUGCGGCAGGAAUCGGAAAUUUAUUUAGUCGCAAAAUGGCGGCCAGUGCAAAUCCUAUAUAUUCGUGGCCUAACAGUCAAGAUGACUACCAAUUAAGAGAUGUUAUUGGUGUUGGUGCCACAGCAGUUGUGUACAGUGCAUACUGUAAGCCAAGGAAUGAGAAGUGUGCCAUAAAGAGGAUUAACCUAGAAAAAUGGAAUACCUCCAUGGACGAACUCUUGAAGGAGAUACAGGCUAUGUCGAGCUGUAGCCAUGAAAAUGUUGUAACAUAUUACACAAGCUUUGUAGUUAAUGAUGAACUAUGGCUGGUACUGAAAUUACUGGAAGGUGGAAGCCUUUUAGAUGUAAUUAAACACAAGAUGAAAGUAGCUAACUGCAAACAUGGAGUCUUUGAUGAAGCGACCAUUGCCACGGUGCUUAAAGAAGUGUUGAAGGGAUUAGAAUAUUUCCAUAGCAAUGGGCAGAUACACAGGGAUAUAAAGGCUGGUAAUAUACUGCUGGGUGAAGAUGGGACCGUUCAGAUUGCUGAUUUCGGUGUAUCUGCCUGGCUGGCUACCGGCAGAGAUAUGUCUCGACAAAAGGUCAGGCACACGUUUGUCGGCACACCAUGUUGGAUGGCUCCGGAGGUCAUGGAACAAGAUCAUGGUUACGAUUUCAAGGCUGAUAUUUGGUCAUUUGGCAUAACAGCAAUUGAGAUGGCCACUGGCACGGCGCCGUAUCACAAGUACCCACCGAUGAAAGUAUUGAUGUUGACGCUGCAGAAUGAUCCUCCAAAUUUAGAUACAGGAGCGGACGAGAAAGAACAAUACAAGGCGUAUGGUAAAACUUUUAGAAAAAUGAUAGUUGACUGCCUCCAAAAGGAUCCGUCGAAGAGGCCAACAGCUACGGAGUUGCUUAAACAUCCGUUUUUCAAAAAGGCGAAAGAUAGGAAAUAUUUGACUCAGACGCUAGUCGCGAUUGGACCUAGCAUGGAGACCAGGGUCCAUAAGGCAAGCAAACGUCAAUCGGGCGCAUCUGGCCGGCUGCACCGUACCGUCACGGGCGAGUGGGUGUGGAGCGAGGAGGAGGAGGAGGCGUCCGAGGCUCCGGAUUCCGACGAGGACACCUCGCUCACAGACGACAAGCGGCCCAUGAACGAACUGCAGCGGGCCGACUCCAGCGGCAGUGAGAACGAACAGGAGCCAACCGACAAUACUAAACGAGCUGUUUCAAGACAGUCGGUGGAAGCGGAACCUCCAAUUAUAAACCUAGUCUUAAGGCUCAGGAACACUCGCGGUGAGCUGAACGAUAUCCGUUUCGAGUUCAUAAUAGGCAAGGACUCCGCGGAGGGGAUCGCCGCGGAGCUGGUCGGCGCCGGGCUGGUCGACCCUCACGACUCGGUGCCCAUCUCCCUCAAUCUGGCGAAGCUGCUCGACGCCCAGCUGGCAUCUGGACAGAGCGCACCCAAGGCUGUUACAUUCCAUUUGAAUUCCACCGGUCCCAACGAACAAUUUGACGACAAAACUUUGAUCGGAUUUGCGCAAAUAUCCAUUGUCGAAUAAGGUACGUUAACGUACUCGAAAUUAUCCUGUAGUGUAGAACGGACCUACAUUAUGUUAGUCUAUAUGGCGAUCUGCUACAACAUUCUAGUAUUUAUUUAUUGCUAGGAGUAAAUUGCUUUUGACGUUUUACAUAUUCAGCAAUCAAUUUAAUCAGUCCGAAUUAUUUGUAAUACACUGUCACAAAUGCACAGGGUAUGCCAUUAUGAAUCAUAACUACGCCCUCGGGACGUGUCUAAAACAUACUAAAGGGCUUGAAGCGAAAACUUAUUGUAUGAGGCUAGGAAAAAUGCAUUUAGGCGGUGUCUGAAUGUAGUUAAGGCCCUAACUCAAGCAAAAAAAGGCUUUGAGCAUGAGCAUGAUAAUAAAUUGUUUAAAAAAUCAAUUUGAUGUUUCUUUGAAAAUUAUAAACUACCAAAAUGUUCUUUAUUAAUUUAAGGCUAUGAAAGUGUUGAUUGCAAAUUAAAAUUAUGUGUACUUUAGGAGGAGACGCUCAAAAUUAACAAUGUUGUUUAUGUUUUCAAUUUGAAAUUAAUAAAACAAUAUCCACAUCAUAAAACAUAAACGACCAAAGUAGAGAUAAUAUAUUGUAGAAUUAUUAUUUAUUUAUUUUCCUAUAUGUAUUAUAAAUUUCAAAAAGAUAGCUUAAAAAAAUAAAGUUAUCGCGACGUUUUGCCGGGAGUAGGGCCUUAAUCAAUUUAGGUAUUUAUAUUUUUUAACAGAAUGUUUAGAGAUGUUUAGGAAGAAAUUGUUUGGAGUUGAUUCACCGCUUUAUUCAAGAAUUGUAUUUUUAAAAAGUAAAAAUUAUUUUAUCGUUGUUCCAUUAAUUAUGUAACUAUGUUUUAUUUAUAACGUUAACAAAUUGGGUAAUUUAUGCGCCCGAGCCAAAGAAUUAUAAUUUGUAAAGUAAAAUCUAUUUAUUAUUUUCUGCUUGAAAAUAUUCGGCAUUAGGUGUUGUCCAGAGCUUUAUGCUUUAUUAUGCAUGUAUUAACAUGUAUUAUAUAGGUUUUAAAUGAAUUAAAUAAUUAGUAGUUAGGUAAAUGAUACGUAGUGCGCGUCGGCGGGAACUUCUGUCUUCCGAAGUUCAUACUUCUACGUGACCCACCUAACGCCUCAAUGUUUUAGCCCGGCAGUGUAUGUAGGUAGUGCAAAAUCAUUGUGUUAUUGUUAUCUUUAAAUUAGAUCUGAAUUUAUGCACCAUUAUUGUAUGAACUUCAAUGUAUAUAGUAUAUAGGUACGUGUAUGUAAACCCAGUGUAAUAGGUUUGUGCGAAGAUUGAAUAUGAUUUUUCGUUUUAGCCAAUAAUUACAGGGUUAGACCAGAUUUGUAUAAGAAUUCAGUGUAGAGAUAUUGUGACAGUAAAUGUAGUAUACUCGCCGGCCAGUUUCCAGAGAUGUAUAGGGAUUGCUACCAAAUUCUAUUUCUUGACGUUUUCAUAGUAUAGCUAUUCAACGUAAUACCGUUAGAUGUGUAGUUUCAUAUUAUAAUUCUCUAACCGUUAUUAGGUAUGCAGCUAUCUUAGAAAGAGUAAUAAUUUAAAAAUUAAUUGCCUGGAUCGAUUUUGUUUAUAUUUCUGGAACUGACUGUCGACUACACUCGCUAUAAAAAAGUGAUUAGCUUAUUAGUGGCUUGUAUAAGCAUACACAGGGAUGUAUUGUUUAAGACUUAUGUGAGUAACAAUCCUAUUAAAUAAUGCUACAGAGUCGAGUAAAUAUGUUUUGUAUUGUUUUAUGAAGAAAUAUGGUAUCUUUUUGUAAUGUUAAUAUUGUAGCUGGGCUAAUUAAUGCUUACAAUGAAAAUACCUUUAUGCAACGCUAAAUGUGAGUCGAAACGUAAGAAAACAUAAUAUUGCUUUGAAUUACGAUAUAAGAUGAUUAUAGUACCGCUACCAAUGUUUUAAAUUAAUUAAAACUAGACUUAAUUUACAAUUUAAUCGGUGCUUAUUGAGAAAUACAAAGAUGUGUUAGUAUUAUUUUUCGAUGAAAUAAACUGCUUAUUAUUUUAUUAUACUCGUACGCCCGUAUCUAUAGACGUUUUUUAUCUAAGGACGGAGCAAUGCUCUGAUAACAAGUCUGUUUCUUAGUGCUGGCAUGGCAGCCUUCGCAGUGCGUAGACAUGUUGUAUAUAAAUAUUAGCCAAUCACAACGGCCCUAUGUCUGUCUCUCAGUGCCUAGUUAUCAAAUCAUUGCUCCAACCUUAGAUAAAAAAGUCUAUGAAUAAGGGGGUUAGACAUAUGUCUGUAUAUGUAUAUGUAUAUACAUAUGUCUAACGAGCCUUGAAUGAUCUUCCCUUUCCGUUAAAGUCGUAAAAGCAAAUGUUCACGCACACAAACUGUUGUUGUAUGCGUUAUGUAUUAACAUUUAUUUAUGUGUGCGUUCAUGAUAAAACAAAACGGUAUAGUAUGUGUGUUGUAUUUUCUAUGUACUAGUUUCAUUGAAAGUGUCAGAUUUUUUUAUUCACGGCAAUAAGGAUAUCCAUGCUAGAUGGUAUAAGAUUACACUGGUCAUCAUAAGAUUAGCUAAAUAUUUACAAUCUGUUUAAAGUUACGUCAAAGAAUUGUUAGGUUAUUUACCAGAGUGUUAGGGGGUUACAGCUUCUAAAAUAAUGGUUAGUAUUAAUUAAAGUAUUUUUUAAUUUGUUCACAUUUGAAAAGGAUUCAUGCGAUGGCAAAGAAUGUUCAUAAAGAAGUAAUAACUGUUGGUUGGAUUUUACCAGCCAUUUCAUAGGCAAAUAAACAUCUACCCAUUUAUCAAAUUGUGUCUGUUGUAUUUGGUUUAAUUCUGUAAAAUGACAGAUAAAUUCGUAAAAACCAUAAACUAUUCGUGAUAUAGUUAUAGUUGCAUCAAUGACAAAAUUAUCAAAUGCUAAACAGGAUUUAUAAAGUGAAUAUAUUUGUUUAUAUCUUGAACUGCUGCUGCGUAAGAAUCUAAGGUAUACAUGUGACGUAUUAUUAAACGUCAUAUUGGAGUGUGAGAGAUAAGAAUUUAACUAUAGGACCCGUUGGCGUGAAGAAAAUUGUGAGUCAUGUACUUAGUGCAACCGGAGCGGAUCAAUACAUUCCUUGUGGAGUAAAAGAUAAAUUAAUUAAUAUUACAGAAGAUUCAUUUUAAUAGACUGAUUGUCCUUUUUUUCUUAUAAUACAUAAGUCCAAUUCAUAUAAUUUAUCUUUGUCGAUUACCGAGCUCUUUCCUGUUAACAACUUUUAGUUUUUAUUCCACCUUAUUGGUUCGCGGGCAUAUCUAGGCUCACGGACAAUGUUGACUCCCUAUUUUCUUAACGCGAAAAUACUGUAAUUACUUUUCCAUAGUCAAUAAGUUUCUCAAAUAUAUUUAAUCAUUCAAAAAAAAAAACUUACAAACAAAAUUUUAAUCAAAUUUAAUUCAUAUUUCCAUACCACAUCACAUCUUUUCUUAAUUGGUUCAUUUUUGGAUCGAUAUCAAUUAACAUCACUUAAUGUCAGUCGUUAUUAGAUAUAGUUUUAGACUGAGUUAUUAUAUGAAAAUUCAUUGAAUCACAUCAGAUUUAUCCCACAAAAACAUAACAAAAGAGUUAAUUGGCAAAUAACAUUAUAGGCGGAAAUUCCCAUAAAUGUAUUCCGCUUAUAAGCAGGUAAAGUUAAACGUUUGUUGUAAAAAAUCGUUAAAAAUAAUUUAUUGAGCAAUGUAUGUUGAUGCAAUGGAAAUUAACAUAUCUGUGAGGAACGUGUUGUGCUAAAUCAUAUCGUAGAUGUUCUAAAUUUAGAGUUUCUAUAGCUCCACAGUCUGUAUCGCUCGUAACUGUCAUCUUUUCCUUAUUUUAAUGUUUAAAUGUGAUAAAAUAUUUCUCUGUUUGAAUCUCGACAAACAAAGCAUCUUAACAGGCUAAAUAUUAUUUCCUUCAGGCCUCAGCAUGGUAACACCGUGUAGUCUUUACGGUGCUUCAAAAUUUAUAGUCAAAGAGGAUGUUUCACUAUUGUACAAAACUUGCUCUAUAAUGAUAUCGUGAUCUUUGAUUUGUUGGAUAUAGCUGCGCUCCGAAUAACAGAAUAACUAUAUAAAUAUUAGAAAAAUUCUAAAAAAAUACUACGAAGAAACUUGAUUUUUUGAUAAAUUUUAUACGUUAAAAGACAUUUAAUUAUUGUGGAUUUUUGUGCCCAUGAUAAAAAAGAGAAUGCUGAACAUUAAACAAAAUCUUUAAACGUUUUGUUUAGAAAUAUAAUUAAUAAAGGUUAUGUCAAUUAUGUUAUACAUUUAUGUGAAUUAACUCCUAAACAGUCCUUAAAGAUUCACAAAAUCUUAUUAACAAGAUAAAAGUAUAUUGUAACGACUCUCAAUUACAAUAUAUUUUAGUUUUAUAUUAUUUAUUUUUUAACAGGAUCUACUUACAAGACAUGUAGAAAAGUACAAAAACGCCUUAUUGAACAUGAAAAUAAAUUAAAAAUAUAUUGAUACAUUUGUAAUAAGGCCUCGAUAGCAAUAUAGAACUUGUCUUCAAAAUUAUAUACUCAAUUAUUCGUUUAUUUAUUAAAUGCACAAAGUGAAACAUCACUUUUACAUAUGUACAAGAAGUUAUUAUUGCAUAAAUGUUAUAUUAAAUACAGCACCAUAUUUGUAAAUUGUAGGUUUUGCAUUUACUCAUUGUUUUUUUAAUAGUAAAACGGAUGUUAUUCUUAUAACUAAGCGGUCGAGACCACUUUUUGUAGUAAGAAAAUUACAAACCAAAAUUAUUGUUGAGAAUAUAAUAUAAUAAUAUAUUCACGGAAAAUCUCAGGCAAUAAUUGAUUAUAAUUAAUAAAUAUUUUUGUUUAUAUAUAACAAUAAUAUUUAUCUUAGUUACUCGAUAUCGGAGAUUAUCAAAGUAUAGGGCCUGAAACGCAACUACAUUUGCCCUCGUCAUAAUAUUUUAUUUCUGUUUUAAAUAUAGAAUUCUAAAGAAAAUUCAAUUAAAAGAAGCGAGUAAUGUGGUAAUUCAUUAAAUAGUGAGACUUACGUGCAUGUUUUUCGGCUCUUCAGUUUUGACACUACGCAAAUUGCCGAAGCAUUAACGUUGUUGCGUCCUAUUAUAAUCAUGUGAUACAGUAAAUAUUAGCGUAUACUUAUUAAAAUUAAUCAUUUAUUUGCUAGAUAAGGAUGAAUUAUAUUGCUAAAUAUUAAUUUAGCGAAUAUUUGAAAUAUUUGUCCAUAGAAAAUGUAUGUCGAAAAAAUAUCAUUAGAUCUAUAGAUUUGUUUACACCUAGAGUUUACAAUUCGGUUUCCCCAAGAAAAAAAUAACUACAAUAAUAAGGAAAGCCCCAAUAUCAGUCAACAAAAUUAUUGUGGGAUAAUUUUAUUUAAUAAAACAUCAAAUAAAUAAAUAUAUCUUAGGCGCAUUAUGAUUUCAUUUUUGUAACCAAUGAACAAAUUAUUUGAGCAGUAAGUUCCAUUUUUUAUUUGUAGAAAUAUAACAACAUGUAAACAACAUCAGCUUUAAGCUUAUUACUUCUAUACAGAUUUAGACGCAUAUGCAAUACCUACUUAAAUGAUUCGGUGUGGCUUGCUAUCUCCGCUUAGAUGAUUAAACUAUGAAAAAAGGAUUAUUGACAUGAAAGACUCACGUUAAAAAAUAGAGAAGUUAGUAAUAUAGCUGUUUGAUGACGUAAUGAUAGUUUGUUAAUAUUUUUAAUUAGACAAGAGAACAAAGAGAUAAUAUGUACUUACUCGUGUGCAGGGUAGAACAAAUAAGUGUGUCUUGCUGAUUAUAAGGUGCGUUGGGUACAAGUGGAGGGUUUUUCAACGUUUUAAACAGGGUUCGCAAAUAUUUUUUUUACCAAAAUUCUAUAGAAAUUUUCAUAAUAAAUUAUGAACUUUGCUACAUUUUAUUAAUAUACAAAAUGGUAUAUAUAUUUUCAAUUCCCUAAAAUAUAACAGUUAAUGUUUGAUAGCGCUUUAAAAAUGUACCACAGUUGUAGAUAAUUGGUAUAGUUCGGACUACUCUCUAAAAUCGUCUAUAUUAAGGUGAUUCUCAAUUCCAUGAACGUAGCAUAUUCCGAUACUGGCAAAAUUCAUACAUUUCGUAACAUAUUUUCAGAAGCUAAGUAAAAUUUUUAAAUAAUUUUAGCUUUACGAUCCUAGUAAAUUAUUCACCAGAAGCAAAAAGAAAAUUCUGAAUUGACACGUCAUCGUCAAUUUUGACAAACACGUGCAACAUUAAAUGACUUUAAUCUGUAUUUUACUGAUAAAUGUAUGCAUGAACGUCGGAUCUCAGCGUAUAGAUGCUUUUCGACAAAUUUGAAUACACGAUGGCGAAAAUUACUAGGUAUACCAUAGAGCUCAAAAACUGAUUGAAAACAGUAAAUACUCAAUUAAAAAUAAUCAAAUUGUUGCAUAGGGUUUAUCUUCCAGAGAACGGUAAAAUACAGGAAUUCUGUUUAUUCGCACUAAACGUAACUUGUCGGAAUCACUUUCGUGAACUAAUAGGAUGUAGGGAACAUCAUGAAGUCGCAGGUAAAUUUUUGUGAGAAAAUAAAACAUAACUAGUUGACCCGAAAGACGUUGUCCCGUUUUAACUUUGAAUUUGCAGCGCGCAUUGUGUCGAUCGCUGACAGUUAUUUCAAACCACUGAAAGUUAUAUAAAAAUAAUUUUCGUUAAGUUUUCUUAAAUUGUACAAUUUUCCGCGCAAUUUUUUGAUUUUUUUCUUUCAUAAGAACCUUUUCUUGACAAUAACAAACACAACAAAAAAAAUUGUGAAAUCGGUACAGCCGUUCACGCGUGAUGGCGUGACCAAGGAAAAUAGGGAUUCUUUUUUAUAUAUAUAUAGAUGCAAGUCAUUCGAUUUAUAUAUUACACCUCCCACGGUGUUACCCCAAUGCACCUUAUACCCUGUCUUAGUUAUAUAUAUGUAUAUAUAUAAAACUAAGUCGGCUAAUUACAUGUAACUCAAAAUCCGCUGGAACGAUUUGUGACCUUUGAUUAGUUGCAUUUGGCUGCGCCCAAAAUAUCAGAAUAUUUAUUUAAACAUUACAAAAAUCAUUCAAAAUAACUUGAUUUGCGCACACAUUUUAUAUGAACCGGUGUUUUUAAUGAUAUUCCGAGAACGUGACGGGUUGAUCAUUAUAGUAAUUUUUUCUAAAAUUAUAAUAAAAUAAAUUGGACUAUACGAAGUUCCCCGGGUCAUCUAGUAUUAUUACAAAAAACAAUAACUUAAAAGUUUUAGAUAAUUCCAUAAAUGUUUUUCUAAAUAGAAAUUUUAUCGUAGCGACUAAUGGAAACAAUUUAUUUGCAAACUACGUUAUAAAUUUGCGGAACCUUAACAUGUAGCUUUUGUUAGAAGUAAACAUAGAAACAUAAUAUAAAACAAGGAUAAACAAUGUCAUGGAUAGACGUUACCUGUAUACGCUACAUUAAUUCGGGAACACAAUGGUACAUUUAAAGCGGGAAAUUUUUCAAAUGGGCGAAGUCUCGAGUGACUAUACCAAAUGUAUGAGAAUUUUAGAUCCUGGACGUAUCGCAAUGAUUUUUAAUAUAUUUAUGAGUUCAGAUUUUUAAUAUAAAUUAUUUUAUCAAUCAACUGGAUACAUCUAGCAGUGCUACUCUAGUAUAAUUAAAAAAUUGUGUCUUAUGAGAUUCUGUGGUGUUAGGCAAUGCUUUGCCCUGUUCAGUUUAUUAGUACGGAUGUCACUAAGUGACGUAGCUAGGUGUUUUUGGAUUCUUUUUUGUCUAAAUUAAUUAUAGUAGUCAUAUUGUAUAUUGCGCUUCUUUAUUAUAUAAAUAAUACAUAAUUAUUGAAAAUGACCCUUUACUUAUGUCUGUGCUUAAGCCCUUUGAUUGCUUUUUUGCGAAAUGGAGAAGGCCGCGUUCCGUUCUAACUGACCCAGAGGACGAUAUAACUCUGGCAAUCCGCCUCAAACACGAGCACCUCAAAAAGCUCACACACUCAACACGACCGCAGAUCCUUCCUCGCCGUCGAGGACCCCGCCGCGUCUCCUGUCCUCCCGACCCUUCUGAUAAUUCCGGCCCGCGUGCCGAUGUAAACUAGAUAGACUGUUAGGUCGCUUGCGCACCUCUCGCGUUACCCAUAAUCGUUGAUGUCUCCACAUCUUCUCUCAGUGGCCUUCCUGAGCCGAGGCCGUGACCCUUUAGAGAGCCACCCUCAGCAUGGUCACUUAAGGGCUCGUAGUGCCUAAGGCACUCAUCCGCAAGAUCCAUGUGUUUGUAUAAGCCGGCCCUGCCAGGCUAACAAACGUAUGCCAGAUACAAAAAAAAACCGAUGCCCAAAACCAAUGCCUUGCUGCGCCUACGCUUAUCUCAUAUUAUCUUUAUCACUCAGCCUAAGAUUAAACGGCAAUAUACAUAUUGAGAUUUUAAGGCGUAUACCAUUCCAAGUCUCAUUAUCUAACUGAAGGUGCACGAUUGUAGAUGUAAAGGGCAGUUUUCGUAUUCAAGGACAACGGAGAACUUGUUCCCUGAGGAUUCUAGAGCGGGUGGUCAGUAAUUUCGAGGCUCAAAUUAGAGAAAAAGCUAAAAUUAAACGCAUACCCCAAAAAAAUCACAGCUUAUAAUAUAAUAAUAUCUGAUAUUUUGCUGCUAAUUCGAUGAACAUUAUUAUUUUUAAUUACAGUUAUGUAUCGAUACCCAGUGCAAAUCCUAACAAAGUAAAAACAGUCAUGUUUAUGGCAUAAGACCUAUUAUUUCGGCUGUAUAAUUAUCAUCAUCUUUAAGUUGAACUUAAUUAAUCCAAUGAACCUUUAUCAACCUCUGUCUUCCGCAAUACUUAACUUUAGAUAUAAACCGGAUGAUAUCGUAUCAAAAAUUUCAAUUUGUUGUUGCCGAUCGCUUAUUAUAAUAUCACAAUGAACUAAUUUGUGUAAGAAAUAUAGGUGCGGGAAUUGUUUUUAAGUUAGUAUAUGGAAUUUGAUGUUUCAUGAACGUAAUUGAAUAGUAUAUAUAUCGCGCUAUUUGUUGUACAUAAUUCAUAAAAGAGUGCUAACGCAAUAGUAAUUACUAACUAAUAUAUUAUAAAGCUGACGUUUGUAUGAACGCUCUAACGUCAAGAACUACUCGUUCGAAUGAAAAAUUUAAUUGUUUUAGUUAUAGAUAGCCCAUUUAUAGACGAAAAAUGUAGGCUGUAUAAACACCACGCUGUGACAUAUAACUAAUAUACUUUGUGUAAUUGACUUAAGACGGGCCCGUGAUCAAGUUUCAGAGUAUGUAGUCUGACAUUAUUAAACGCUAUUCAUUAAAUAAUAUUGUAAAUUAGCGAUAAAAACGAUGCUUGCAAGCGCUUAGAUUUUUAAAUGAAAGUGAAAUAUAUUUAUCAAAACACUAUUUUUUCAUGUCACAUGAGAUUAAAGUUACUGGUAUAUUAAGAAAAAAUAUAUAAACGUUAAUACUGGUAUAUAAUAUUAAGUUUGAAUGAUUCCUACUAUUUACGGUUCUAUAGUCGAUGAAUAAUGCCUGAGAAAUAUUUCAUUAAUACAGUUUCAAUACAGGGGGUCAAUGUAAUAAAUUUCUAAUUUGGCGAAUUAUUAUGAUUAUUGUAGUUAUCCACUCAAUACUAACUAAAACAGUAAUUUUUGGUUUUUAAAAAGAACUAAUAACCGCUAAUUAUAUUAUUUAAUAUCGAAAUAGUCGUCUUAUGGUAACUAGUUAUAUAGAUUUCAUGGUUCUAAUUACUUGGGAACCCUAACUUGAGCGUAGUCCAACACGCACUCGUUAGGUAUUUAUUUUUUAAUCAUUGUUGCGGCCAAUCGGUUGCCAGGUGUAUGUGAUUAGUGUAAAAGGGUUUGUCAAUGAAUAUUAGGUUAUAAAGUAGAUGCCAUAUUUUACGUGCGAAUUUCGAUCAAUUGUUUAAGCAUCUUAGUGUGCACAAAACGCUUUUUUUAUUAGAUAAGACGCCAUUGUUUCAAACCAUAGUCAUUUUGUGUCAACAAUUUAUGUUUAGGUUCUUUGACUUAGGUAUAAUAUUCUAGUAUUUAAACAUGCAUUUUUUUUUCAAUAUUUAUGUAAACAUGUAUUUGAUUCUAUCCGUAGUGAUCAAUGUAUGUGAUGGUAUGUGUACCUACUGGGAUUAAAGAAUUCGAAUUUGUUAAUAAAUGAAAUUGUGGAAA